UUAACAAUUUACUGACCCGUUAUUCAUUAAUAUAAAAUUCAAAGUUUGUGUUAAUCUUUUUUUUUAUAAUAUUAAUUAUAAGUACGAGUGUACAACUUUUUUCCAAUUGUAUUACUGUUUUGACAGUUUUGACAAUAUUUGUUAUGGAUCAUUAUUGCAAAAAAUGUAUUCAAUACUGUUCAUUAAGUGUACUUACCUACUAAAAUUCAUAAUCAAAAUUUACGUCUUAAGCUCAGUUCAUCUAAAUUAAUUAAAAUGAAUCCAGAAAGCGAGAUUAUGAAACAAAAAAAAGUCACUCGUCAUACUAUACUUCAUGCUUUGUACGAUCGGGAAAUAAACGGCAUUAAGACACGCAUGAAUUGUAUCAAAUCUACUUACCAAGUCAUUAAUCCCAAUUGUACAAUUAUAAACGUUGAGAAACCUCCUUGUUUUCUAAGAAAAUUCACUCCUGAUGGUCGCCACUUCAUAGCUUUUUCUCAAGACCAAUUGUACAUUGAGGUGUAUGCUUAUUUAGGAUGUUCAAUGGCGGCUAAGUUGCUAAAGAACUAUGAAGAAAAUUGUAUUGGCCAAGACAACAAUGGUGAUGUUGCUCGAAAGAGAAUAUUUGAAAGUCUUUUUAAACUGAAAUAUCGGAUAUUAGUAGCAGCGGAAGGAGAACAAUUAAAUAGAGAAUGCAGUCUAUUCACAGAAAAUAGUUCCUAUACUGUUUUGGGUUCUGUAGGACCUAUUCCUAGAAACGUAAUGCUUGAAUACAAUGACGUUUUCACCAAUAAUGAAGCAGUAACUCCUAAUCUAUUAUUGCCAUUAGAAAAUUAUACUAUACAUUUAAUUAAUAUAAAAAAAGGGGCUGUUAGUCAACGCUUACACUUCAAGGCCGAUAAAAUAUCAUUAUCUCAUAACCAAGGUGUUUACCUGUUAAAAGAUGUACUUGCAAUUUUAUCUGUUCAACAUCAAAUAAUUCAUGUUUACAACCUUAUCCAAAACCGUUUCCAUCUGUUGAGAAAAAUUGGUCGAUUUUGUUUUGAAAAUGAUCUUGCGUUUAUUUCAUCUGUGCACACAGAUAUAAUUGCAGAAGAUUAUAAAACUCGUAAUGAAUCUUUUACCAAUGGAUUAAAAAACAAGCUAAUGGUGUUUUUGUUUAAAAAAGCUAAACGUGAAUCAGAAGUCGCUAGAACACAAUACCCUCUUAGGAGAUUUUAUCAAUAUUACGAUCAAUUUAUGUCAUUACGAAUGUGGAAAAUGCAGUUAUUAGAUGUAGACAAUAUGAUCAUCAGAUAUGCAUCAGAAGACGUGGUCACUGCUAAAAUUCAGGAACCAAGUACACAAGCAUCAUAUUUUAUGAUUUACAAUAUGACAACAGCUGCGGUUUUAAAUGUUUAUGAAAAUACAUCUAGUGAUUUAUUACGUGGAUAUGAGUAUUUUUGUGAUAAUUUUCGUAAUCCCUAUCUUAACCCAGAUGGAUUUAUGCCAUGUUCACCAUCAAAUAAUAUAUAUUCAAGGGAUUCCCAUGAAAAAUUUAAAAAUACAAUGCUAAAUGCUAGAUUUGGUGGCACAAUGGAAGCAAACAAACGAAUAUUGGGACAAUUACCAAUAGCAGCACAAUCAUUUUCCUGCUCUCCAUAUUUGGAUACUUCCCUUUAUAGUUAUGAUGAAAAGUGGGUGUCACCAAUGGAAAGACCUAAAGUAGUUGGUGAAUAUCCAAUAAGGUUCUAUUCAAGGGAAUCGGGAACACUAAGCUUUUAUCUGUAUACUAGUGUAUCAAGGAAUAGACCAACGCAAGACCGCAGAAGACUGGUAGCAUUUACGUUCCAUCCUACAGAUCCUUUUGCUAUUAGCGUACAGAGGGAUAAUUUAGAGUAUAUUGUUAAUUUUCAUAUACGGAAGGUGUACUUGCCUGAGUAAUGGUAAUUUGAAAAUGUUGACUACUUUGAUUGUCGUUUGGAUCAUAUAAUACAACAUUUUCUAAGCAGAGCUCACAAAAGUAAAUAUCUAGAGUGGAAAAUCUGUAGACUUUGUAUUUUGAAUAAUUUUAUCAGUUAUUUAACAAUAUAAAUUAUAAUCUUAAAUAAAUGAUUUGAGAUAUUUUUACAUAAUGUUACAAAUUAUAAUAUUUUUUAAAAAU